AGGCGGCCCGGCCCGGUAUCCGGGUAAGAUGGCUGCAGUCGGAGAGUGCUCGCUCGGCGUUCCGUGGACCCCGGUCUCCCUCACGCACGUCGAGUAUCCGGCAGGCGAUUUCACCGGUCAGCUCCUCGCCUGCGUGAGCCUGGGUCCCAUUUUCAUCAUCGUCGGCUUCGUCACGCUCAUCGUUUUCAAGAGAGAGCUUCACACGAUCUCUUUCUUGGCAGGGCUGUUGGUCAACGAAGGGGUGAAUUGGCUAAUAAAGAGUAUUAUCCAGGAGCCGCGGCCUUGUACAGAAAUCCAUACAUCGGUUUAUUCAAAGAACGCGAUGCCUUCCAGCCAUUCCCAGUUCAUGUGGUUUUUUGCCGUCUAUUCUUUCCUCUUCCUUUAUUUAAGAAUGCACCAGACCAACAACGCCAGAUUCCUGGACUUGCUGUGGAGACACGUCCUCUCCCUCUUCCUCUUAACGGCGGCCUUUCUAGUCUCAUACAGUAGGGUCUAUCUGGUCUACCACACCUGGAGUCAAGUCUUCUACGGAGGGGUCGUGGGAAGCGUCAUGGCCGUGGUUUGGUUUGCCUUCACACAGGAGAUCUUAACUCCCUUGUUCCCGAGGAUAGCUGCCUGGCCGUUAUCCGAGUUCUUCUUAAUCCGGGACACCAGUCUCAUCCCAAAUAUCCUAUGGUUCGAGUACACAGUCACCCGAGCAGAAGCCAGGAACCGACAGCGUAAGCUGGGUACGAAGCUGCAGUGAACUUGGAACGCACAGGAACUGGACUGCACGAUUCGGUCAAGCGAAGAAGGGGCCGGAGCUGGGAACUUAAGCAGAGGAGCCUUUUAUGAAACGACGGACCAAAGGACCAGGCAGGGAGAGACCACCUGUAGACCGGAGGCCUUUUCCAACGGGCCGGAUCGACCCUGCUGCAUGUUGAGGACCGGACAAGAGCAGAAUCCCUUUUAUAUAUCACAGAUAUGCACAGCUAUAGGCCGGAAGCUACUCUCUCGUGGGCGUGAUUUACUGGGGGCGUCUCUUGCGCCAGCAUCGCUGAAGCGGGGAAGGCCGCCGGAGAGCCCCACCCGGCUCUUGUCGGCGCGACCGUUUCGACGGGGCUUGCGCAAGACGGGCUCUGCCAGGUGGCGCUUGUGAAAUCCAAAGGCAGGCCCAGCGGUGCGCGCGCAUGAGUGGGCGGAAAGUAUACCUAGUGUCUUGUCAACGAGAGGGGUGGGGAGGGGGGGAUAAAUCAUAUAUAGAGCUCCGUGACUUUUUUUCCUAUCGAAUUUCCCUUUUUGCGGCAUGCAAUAUACACACUAUUUAUUAUUUUUUAAACGGACUGUUUGCAAAACGGGGGAAGUGGAGGGGGAGCCUGUUUGACCGUGCGUUCGGGAGGUGGCUGACGCAUCGCCACUGGGGAAGGCUUGGGGCGCGCGGUUGCCUGGAGCUGAAACGGCGGAGGUGGGGCGUCGGAGGCCUUUCCCCCCCCCCCCUUCUGGUUUUUAAUUUUCCACGCCGGUUUGAGGCAUCUGGUUCGAUCCUGACUGCACUUUGUAUCAAUUUUCAGGAAAAACGAAACAAAACAAAAAACGAAACCCAACUGAAAGGGUUGCUAUUAACACUAGCGGCGUUUCUGCACGUGCGGCGCGGAACGGGGGAUUUGUGGAAGGUGCGCGUGGUCGUGGCAACACCGUGGCAAAACAACUCCACUAUGCUAAACUUUUUAUAUUCUUUUCCUACUCGUCCAAAUGGUUUGGUUUACUCGGGACCACUUUUCUCUGUUUUCCUUUCCUCUCCUUUUGAGUGCUGAUAACUUGCUCCACUUUACUGACUACCCUUUAUUUCCCCCCCUACUCCCUUUCCCUCGCGCCCCUCCUUUCUCCCCAAAUUACCCACCCCACACGACUGCAAACUUUGUUACUGGUUGUUCAAAUGCAACAACAACAACAUCAACAACAACAAUCCCCCUUAUCCCGAAAAGAGGCACUGUUAGGGCAUCGCUAUGUUCUUAACGGUUUAGAACUAUCCCCUAAGCUACCCCCAAACUUUUAAAUACUCAAUAAAAGUGUUUUU